AUGUCGCCGUCCCGCCUUGUGGACGCUUCUUGGGCAGAAAUCCAAACCAUCUACGAGUCUGGUGACAAGACUAAGCUCCAACAGCUCAACGCAUCCCGACGAAAGGCAGGCGAGGAGAUCAUCUCUGCCCUAAUAGACAGCAUCGACAGCGAUGCCCUCUGCAAGCGUGCCGAGACUUUACGUCACGGAAUGAAAUGUACUGUCAAUCUUCCAUCAGCCAAUGCCGAUAUCGUUGGGGGGCGCAAUUACCAUGGCUCAAUUCUGUUUGACGAUGGAAAAGUAUGGCUAUCACGAUUCCGCCUGCCAAACCACAACUCACCUCUAGUGGAGGAAAGGAACUUUGACCGUCGCAGUGAAUUCGCUACAUAUCGCUUCCUAGUCGAAGCUGCUGUCCCAGUUCCACACGUCUACGACUAUGCCGAUGACGAGGAUCCAUCCAACGCUGUUGGGGUUGGAUAUAUUUUAGUCGAAAUGCUUCCGGGAAAGCCGUUGGCCUGGCACGAAGCGGACCAAGCAUAG